AUCCCACCCACGGUGAAAUCUUAUGCAUGUUUAUCUCUCCAAUGGGGUUUCCUCCCAGAGUUAUUGGAGGAUGCGGUUAUGCUCGCUUACCUACCCUGUUUCUCCGAAAAUAAGACGUAGCCAUAAAAUAAGCCGUAGCAGGAUUUUUAAGCAUUCAAGGAAUAUAAGCCAUACCCCGAAAAUAAGGCAUAGUGAUAGGCACAACAGCAAUGCCGGCCGCGGCAGGAGGAGGAGGAGGAGGAAAAAAAUAAGACAUCCCCUGAAAAUACGCCAUAGUGUGUUUUUUUGAGGAAAAAAUAAAUAUAAUACAGUGUCUUAUUUUUGGAGAAACACGGUAGGAGUCAGCCUCAAUGAACACGCACUGCGAGCCUUAAAAACGUUUGCUUGCUUGCCCUUUCACAAAGUCACACCCUGAUCCGGUCUCCCUUUCCAAUAUCUUGUUUUCCAAAGGAUCAGAUCCCCCAGCUGAUUCUUGCAAAAACACUCCCACCCCCACCCCCAAAACGGGGAAGAUCCGUUUCCUCCUUAUUUUGAAACGCGCUCUUUCCCUCAAGUUCAUUUGCAUUGCUGCGAGUGAUCUGCUGAAGGUUGUGCACAUUUAACAAGGCUGGCUCGUCGGUUCUUUUCUCAAUAAGGCGGGGAACACACAACCUGGGUUUUGUUUUGUUUGCAUCAAGGAGAGGGCAUAGCAAUAAGCUUGGGCGGGGCGCGAGGCGGCAAUCGGUCUGUGUUGUGUGGGGAAAAGAAACAGGAAGGUGAUCAGGAGAAGGAGUGGGAAUAACUUUGCACCCCCAAAAGAGGGGGGAAGCGUAGUUGCAACUCUCUGAGGAGACAGCAAUGAGGCGGAAGAGGAAGGCGCUGCGGAGUUUUCACCCUUUUAUUUUAAACUGGAAAUGAAGCGCGCGGUGGGUGAGGACUUCUAGGUAAUGGAGAAACUACCGAGGAACGGGAGAGUCCUUGGUUUGAGGGGAGCUGGUCAUUGCUGCUGCAGCAUGCAUGUGGCCAUUUUCCUUGACCCAUAAGUGGGGCAGGCGGGUCACGCGGUUAGUGCCAAAGGGAAGCCGCCGUGCGAGGAGGCGGGCGCCCGCCCGCACAAGUCUCGCGCUUCCCGCCUUCGGGAUCGCGCGCAGCCCUCGGGGCGCCUGGGAAUCCCUUUUGCAGCCUGAGCCAUCUCCCUCCCUCUCCCAAUGCGUUUCCAGGGAAACCCUUGUGGGGACCUAUUUUGUUUGCUGGGGGCUGCAGUCACAAUCCUGCCACACACAUGGCGUGAUGUCAGGCUUUUAUGUAUUGGGGGUGUGAGGCUCAAGGUGGGGGAGAGAGAGGGAGAGAGGGAGAUAAAGUUGCCCCGUGGAAGACUUUGGGGUGGGGCUAGGGUGGGCUGGGGGUGUCCCCACCUUGGUGCCACUAUGAAGUAGGUGGUUAGAGGUCUGAACAGGAGCUCUGCAGCCACCUCCUCUUCUCUGCCCCACUUCCCUUUGCUUUGGGGCGUAUGGGAGGGGUCCUGGAUUUGUUUUUUGGGGUUUCCUUUCUUUUUUAAAUGCACUGGUGUGUAUUUUAUGUUCUUCCCCAAACGCCACUCCUCCCCAGCCCUCUCUGUCUGAACUGGUGACUUCAGUAUGGUGGGAGCGACUCGGACUCGAGCCGUCUAUAGCUUGACAGAUGUCACCCCUGCCCGGACGAUUUGGGUGUACCGUAACGGUGACCCCUUCUAUUUGGGAAGGAAGUUUGUGAUCAACCACCGCUAUGUGCCUAACUUUGAAGCCUUCAUGAUACAACUCAACGAAGGCGUGGAGACACCCUUUGGGGUGAGGAACAUAUACACACCCCGCCAAGGGCAUUCGGUUAUGGACCUGACCGACAUUGAGCAAGGAGGCAGAUACGUGGUUGCUGGCAGGGAAAGGUUUAGGAAACUGAAUUAUUUCGGUAUAGGGACAAAGAAACCUCAAAGAAAGAAGAGGGAUGAGGUGAUUCGACCCGUGGUCCACAGUAAUAUAAAAGUACCUUCCAAAUGGCAAUCAAGCUAUAAUAAGCCACUAAAUAUUAGUGUUUUCACAAACGGAGACAUGUUGAUACCGCCUGUGAAAAUUCUCCUCCCCAAGUUCACGCUGAAAAGUUGGAAUGGUGUCCUUGGAUUGAUAAAUGAAAAAGUAUCUUCACGCUCUGGGGGUAUCCAUAGACUGUUUACAUUAAAUGGCCAGUCUGUACAUGGGUCUGAUGAGCUAGAACAUAACCAUUUUUACGUUGCAUGCGGCAAAGAAAAAUUUCAGCCUUUGCCAUACUGGCAGCACUCUAGAGUUCAAGAAGAUAUCCGGCGGUAUUAUUCUAACACACCUCGACCUCUAGAAAUGCCCCCUUCGAAAAAGCCUCCUUCCACAGAACGAUCAAAACGGGCAGCCGGCAUGCAGCCUGCCACACCACCAUCAAAACGAGGAGCAGGAGAUAGGUCUUCAGUUUAUUAUGCACAACCCAAGAAGGCAAGUCGUGACGCUGAGGCUUAUAAGCAACUGACAUCUGAUGAUGGACGCGGGGUCUAUAAAGCUCGUACACCCCCACAAGAAAUUAAAGAGGCUCAGCAAAUACAAGAAGAUAACAAUGUGCAAGUGGAAAUACCUGUUGACCAGGCUCCUGCUGAGGUUGUCCAUGAUGAAGACCUUUAUGCAAAUUGGAAUACAGAAAAAGAGGCUGAAGAAUAUUAUCAAGACGUGGAACCUGAGAAAAAGGAAAAAAAGGGCGUUUUCAAAAAAUUCUUUGGAUUCUUCUACAAAUCAAAGAAGAAAGAUCCAAACGAAGAAGCAGACGAAGAUUCGAGAAAACCAGAUUCAAAGAAACCGUCUUACGAAGCGAAAAAUGAAUAUUUUGAUGCAUAUGAUUACAACUGAGGGGGCUAUUUUGAACACCUUGCCAUCUGUUACAAAGGAUUUUAAUGUUGGAGCUCAUGAAACAUCUUGUUUAUCACUGGAGGUACCAUCACUAUCAUUUAAAUAUAUUUAAAGAGUGCCAUCUUUCCAGCACAAAUAGAAAUGUAAACUUUAAUUAUGGGUUAUGUUUUCCUUAUUUGUUGGUGAAUAUAUACUGCUCCACAUUAAGGUAUGGUGAGGAUGAAGGUCUUAAAAUAUUUAGCAAAACUGCAGCAUGCAGUGAUUUUCACUAUACAAGUUGUUGACGAUUAAUUCUUUUUAUAAUUUCCUGAUGAAUUAUUUUUUUUUUCUGUCUGCCUAAUCAGCUGCCCUGCUGUGAAAUAUAAUUGCACUUGCACGAAAAUUACCAUCUCAUGAGAUGAAUGAGUUUGAUGAUUAAAUUUGGUAGGAAGAAGUAAUAACGUCCAAACACUAAAGUAGAAUGACAUGCUGAUCCCUUUGCCGCAAUUUGAUGGCAUUUCUAAAAGAACAGAAUAACGUUUUAGGAACAAUUCAUUCCGACGCAACUCACAACAGAGCAGAGAAAUUUUAAAGUAAGGCACAAUCUCUUGGAAAACGAAAGAACUUCAUCCCUGUUAAAUAAAAAAAUACCAGCCUUGAUCUGUGGUCAUCCAAAUAUAGCUCACCAAGGGUUUAAAAAAAUAAAAUAAAAUCUCUCAAGUCUGAUAACAAAACAAAUUUGCUGGUAUAUGCAAUUACUAAACUGCAUCUGAAGUACAGUAGCAGCCUGGCAUUCGUAUCAGUAGGAGACAGACUUCUGUUCAAAUAACGUGAAUUAUCUGUUGUUUUAUCCAUAGAGAGCAGAUACAGUGUUCUACCCAUAUUUUCCUGAAUGAUAAGCCCUAGUGUUUUUUCUCCUUGUCAUUUUUUAACGAAGUUCAUUAUUUUUGAACUUGUAGCUCUCUCCCUCCCCUCUCAAAUGAAAUACAAAUAUUUGAUGCAGAGCUAGCCAAAUCCUAGAUGAGAAAACAACAGGCUCAAGACUACAGAUGUGAACAGCUUUUGAAACUAUUUAUUUCUCAAGCUUGUCUGUCAUAAUGUCCUUGGUAUCUACAGAAUAAAGCGAGUGCCACCAUGUUCCAUUAGAUAAUGCCUAGGAGACAGAGACAGACUCAAUACUGCACACAAGACCAGCUCUCUCUUGCUGAUUAUUCCCCCUGAAAGGGGCAGUGCCAGAAGGAAGGAGUGUGAAACAAGUUAGUAGCCGCCCUUUUUACUUGGAGGGCAUCAUUUUCACAUAAAAAUUGUGACUGAAUCAGGAAUAAGACUGCUGCGGACCCAAGAUGAUGCUUACUUUUGUAGUUAACUCCAUCAGAAUCAAGUAGACUUUGGGGAAAAUGUGUGGGUAGGUGGUUUGCAUACCCAGGAGAUGGGUCAAUUAGGAGUGCCUUUUAACAGCUUUGGGUGUAGGACAACCAGAGCCCAAACUUAAAACCAACCAUUUCAAAAUACCUUGCGUAUUUCGAAGCAUUGGCAUAAUCCUAGCAAGACUAAAAUGUUUCCACCUGCUGCUGGAACCCACUCAAAAGUAGGAGCUUGCCUGAUCUCGUGCUAGUGCCCUCUGCUUUACCAAAACCUUUUUGCUUGCCAUCAGCUGCCAAAAUUAGUGUACUGAUUGGUUCACAAUAAAAGGGGCCAGUUGACCUUGCUGUGCUGGAGUUUAAAUUCCCUGUGGACAUGCCCCCCGUCGGCGCUGAAUGGUUGGAGAAGCCCGGUCCUUGAGCGGGGCCCCACACAGCGCCAUAGGGAGGCGACAGCAGGGAGCCCGCCAGUCUCCAGCCCUUAGCCAGAUGACGCAGGACCCGGGGCCUGGUUGCAACGCCGCCCACCAAAUAAGGUAAACGGACAUAUCUAACACCUUUAUACAGAUUUACAGAUUUUUUUUCAGGAGUUGGGGUUGGCUCAGUUCAAAUGAUUUAAGUGUGGUGGUGAUUAAGCCUUGGCAAGAGUUCAUUAUGGAAACAUUUUGUAUCAAAUGAGCUCUUAAUAAAACUUAACUUCCACGUGCUCUCAGGAAAAUGAGUUUCCAGCAAAACAGUCCUAUUAUGGGGUGCCAAGCAUUCUCACUGACAUGUUCAGAUAAAUUACCAGUACAAAGGGUUUACCAGCUUGCCUUGUGUCAUAACGUGCCUUAAGAAGUACAGUCUGGCUAGCUCCUCCUAGGAGAUUGGUUGACGUAUCUGUGGUGCUGGCAGUGUUACGGGUGCCACGCAAUACUUGUUCUGCAGUUGUAAGAAAUUUAACUUUGAGUAUGGCAGCAAAGGUGUCAGCCUGAUGUCAAUAGGGAGUUGGCUGGCAACUUUGCUGUCUCCACUGUACCUGCUUGAAGCAUUUUUGUUAGGUAAGUCCAUUAAGACACAUGCUGAUGUGCUUUAAUAUAUUUUAAUGUUAAUUUUAAUUAUUUCAAAAUGCUUUUAUUGUGUAGCAGUUUUUUAUUGUCGAUUUUAAGAUUUAUUGAAAACCAGUUGGAAAAUUCAUUAUAAUCGUGUGGUAUGUAAAUUUUCUUAAAUAUAUGAAAUAUAUCUGAAAUUCCUUUUAGCAAUUCAUUGUUUUCAUUGAGAAGACAAAUACCUCUGGUGAAGCAUUAAUGCAUACUACCUUUCUCCAGUAAUUACUACAGAUCUAGGGAAACAGGACAAGAAAUCUUGGUUCCCAGGAGAAAUAAUUUAUCAGAACAGCUCCCAGUGAUUUCUGAAAUUGAUUUUGAAAAGAGGGCUCACAGUGGCAUAUUAAACUGUUUUGAAGUAUUGAUAGCUGUGAAAUUGAGUUCCAGCAGGAAGUUCAGAAUGCCUCACCCCACCCCCAAGUAAUGCAAUGGUAUAUAUUCUUCUGCCUUCACCCAAAAGGAAAGCAGUGCAUAACCUGGUGAUGACAGAAUAAGUGAUGCAAGGAGGGAGCUGCAGCCCACGAUAGGAAAAGAGGUGACAAGGGAACACCUAGCUAUGUUAAAUGAGGAAGAGGGAUAAUGAGUGGUGUGCGAAAGGGCUCUGGAGAGGGGUUGCUUAAAAUAGCAGCCACUCGAGCGCUGCUGCUGCUGGCACCAACAAAGCCCAGCCCCUUUCCUCCUCUAGGCAGGGCAGGGAGAAGCCAGGAGGAGGGAGGGAGGAGGCACUGCCGCUGCCAUCAUGAGAGGGAGAGGGAGGGAGAGGUAAAGAACGUGCACGUGCUGCCGAUCCAAGCGGCGAUUCCCGGACCGUCCGCAGGCCGGAUCCUGAAGGCAAUUGGGCCCGAUCCAGCCCGCAGGCCUUAGUUUGCCUACCCAUGGAUUACAUCUUCAAAAAGGGGUAGGUGGGGAGAGAAGACCUUGGUAACUAUCAAACGGUCAGCUUGACAUUAAUACCAGGAAAGGUCCCGGAACAGAUAAUUAAACAGACGGUCUGUGAGCACUUUGAAAAGGAUGCCAUAAUUACUAAGACCCAGUGUGCCCUGUUGGAAGGUUACAGCGCCUGCUGUGGCUGCAGAGACCAUACAGGAGAGAAUGUUUUGUUGCAGCUGGGGCUGAAUGAAGGCGUCUGGUUGAACUGCUGCAGAUGCACCGUGACGCUUGUUCUCUGUGCUCCUCCCAGCAGUCAUUUCUCCUCUGGUCAUUGCUAUGAAUGAUGAACCUGACUGUCUCCAUGCCCUGCGGUCAUCUGCAAGGGAUUCCCACAUGGUGGAGUUGAGGUUGCCAGCCUUCAUGUCAUGUUUGCAGAAAUAUUUGUAAUGCAGAGUUGGUCUGGUGCCUGAAUCCCCUGUAAUGACCAAGGCAGCGUAGACGUCGCUGAGACAAGAGUGUGAACAUACUGUGAAUGUGGGCUUGGGAGAGCACAUCUUUGGGAGACUGUCCUGCCAUGUGAUACCCAAAAUCUUUUCCUAUGGGGUUUUACAGCUGUCCCAUAUGGUACAGGAACACCAUUCCAAGCUGCAAACUUUGAAUAAUAUGCUGCAAACCGUUUUGAUAACCUCUGGAACUUCCCUAGAGAAUGUGUGUGAAAAAAUAACAUUCCUCAUAUCCAUUAUGUAGGUCACAUUCUGAUAAUAUUAAAUUAGUGGGGGGGGAGGAGAAUAAACAUAUGAGUCACCAAUUAGCCAGUUAGAUUAAAGACCCCUUACUGGUACGGGUAUAAAAGGAAAUGAGGAUAUAUUUCCAUUUUUUUUAUAGUCCCUCCAGUGAAUGGUCAAUUAAUCUUGAUGAUGAUAAAACUGCUAAAGUGGAACGGCGUUAAGAGUCCUUGCUCAAUGAUGUAUGCAUUUCACUCCCCUAGUUAAAACAUAGGCCGUCUACUGACUGAUAACCGUCAGUUUUGUGAUCAGAGCCAGAUACAUCAUCACAUCUUUAAUGACGAGAUAUCUAGCUCAGUUGCAGACAAAACAAAUCUUUUAGAUUAAAAAAAAAUCCUAUCAAAAAAAUUAACAAACACAAAUCCUGAGAAUUUUGGGAUAGAGCUACACAGUUGUGUCCUGUUUAUUGCAGGCUGCAGUAGCAAUUCACUGGGGGCCCUCUAGAUAAAUUAUUGCAAAUGACAUUUACAGUGGUACCUCGGUUUACAACCACAUUUGGUUCCGGAAGUCUGUACUUAACCUGAAGCGUACUUAACCUGAAGCGAACUUUCCCAUUGAAAGGAAUGGAAAGUGGAUUAAUCCGUUCCAGACGGUCCGCGGAGUACUUAAACUGAAGCGUACUUAACCUGAAGCGAACUUUCCCAUUGAAAGUAAUGGAAAGUGGAUUAAUCCGUUCCAGACGGGUCCAUGGAAUACUCAACCUGAAGCGUACUUAACCCGAAGUAUGAGUGUAAUUGGUUCUGGAAGUCCGUACUUAACCUGAAGUGAACUUUCCCAUUGAAAGUAAUGGAAAGUGAAUUAAUCCGUUCCAGAUGGGUCCGCGGUGUUUGUAAAUCGAGGUGUUUGUAAACCCGAGGCGGUUGUAAACCGAGGUAUGACUGUAUUUUGUAGAGUUAUAGAAAAUGUGCUGCCAUCAACCUGGGAAGGUAGCCCAUCUAGGAGAAGGAAAGCUCUGACCUGAAACCUUGUGGGAUAUCUUCAGCAGAAGAAAAGGCUAAGGGGUAAAUCCUACACAAAUCCGGAGUGGGGUCCCUAAUAUGGUUGGAUGGCGCCUUGUAUGCCUCCUUCUGGCAAGUCCUACAGCCAAAAACAAACCCCUGUGUUGCAAUAAGAACUAAUCACAACAAUACAAACACAACACAUAGGCUAAUAGUUAGUAGAAACUAUAUAAUAGAAUAAUGAUAUGAUUCAAAUUAUAGGAGUAAGCCAAUCAAAGUUCAUAUAUGCAAUAUAACAGAGUGGUAGCGAGGACCAUCAAACCAUGUGUUCAAAACAGAUGUCUAAGGACAGUCUCACAGUAGUCUUUCAAAAGUAGCAACAGGAGGCAUCUCAAAAGUUUCAAAAGUAAAGUUUCUCAAUAGUUUUUCAAAAGUUUCAACGGAAGACGUUUUGAAAGCCUCAAAAGGACUGUAGCUGUUGCUGUACGCUACGGCUGCGGCCCGAACACUAGUAGCAAAGAACUGGAAAGGGUAAGAUGUUCUGACUAUAAUGGAUUGGCAGAAUAAGUUACAAGAAUAUGUGGAAAUGGCGCAAUUGGCCAACUUUGGGCGGCACUUUUUUUUUGUUUAUUCGCUAUUUUAGGUGUGAAAGCUGUGCUUUUUUGGAAUUAUUUUUAUGCCAGAUCCCUCACUGAUGGGUAUGGAACGUUGUGGCCAAAUUUGUUACAUUACAGUUCAGCUGUUACGGAGAAAGGCUGUGACCUCUGCGCACACAAUGCCUACAUUUUUUUAUAUAGAUAGAUAGAUUAAUAAUGGUAGGUACAUUCAAUAUUAGAAUAUAAUCAUACAAUGGGAAUUGACAGGAAGUCCAAAGUCUUAGUUUUGUUAAAAUGUAGCAUAAAUUCAGCUGAAGCUUAAGGUUCAUAAUUAUGUAAGAAAAAAUAAGUAUAGGGGUUUUUGUGUGUGUACAUAUUUGAAAUUUCAAUGUCCUUUAAGUGAUGUACUAUAAAUAUGUAAUGUAUUGUAGGACUAUUAAUAAAGCUUGUUGCAUGUUUAAAACAAAAACAAACAAACAAAACAGCUUCAAAAGGACAGUGUCUCCGGAAUGAUGCUACUGUUUCGUAAUAGUCUUCAUCAGCUGGAAAUAAGAUACAAGGCAUACAAUCCAGUGGUUUGAUUUCACCCCCCCCCAGAGGUGCUCUCCAUUGUCUCUCAAGACUGACAUAUGCCAACAAGCUGUCAUGUAUAACUGUGCUAAAUUAUAUGCCAACAAGCUGUCAUGUAUAACUGUGCUAAAUUAGUUGUACCCUUCUUUAGGUUUUUUUUGGGGGGGGAGGGGUCAUAAAUACAUUUCCUGCACAUAGACAUCUGGCACACCAGGCUCUUUGAUAAUGCUAACUUUCCAUGUGCAGGAUAUUUCUAGUAUGUGGGGAGCUUCAAGCAUAGAAUCCUCCACUUGCAUUAAGAUGGGGUGCAGUCCGAUGGGGAGCCUAGCUUCAGGUAUUUUUAGGAUGUCCUGCUCUGAAACCUGCCCAUAUUAUUUGUGCAGCUUUCACAAACAGAGAAGGCAAUUUGUGAAUAGUUUUGGGGAAGAGUCUGUUGGGUUGUGUGCGUGCAUGCAUGUACAUAUGUGAGCGCGCACGUAUUUGACAGGUAGCCAAGCUUCUCUGCCAUUUAAAUUAUUCUGAUGGAAUUGCUGUGUUAAUUCAGCUUUAGUCUCUCAUCUGCAAUGAGCUGCAUUUGUUUUCGCUCUUGAUGCUGCUGUUUGAUCAUGCUUUCACACACUGUUUAAAUAGGAAGCAAAAUCAGCAUGCACAGACUCUGAGAGAUAAUCUCUUGCACCCAGAAACAAAUAAGAUGGAACAGAGAGGAGCUAUAUUCUGCCAUACAGAACUAGAUUUGAACAGCACUAGUUGCUGUUUGGUUAUAGAUUCCUAUCAGGCAUUUUAUUCACCGAGAAGCUACUUUUUACAUGCUGCAUUCUAAGAUAAAGAAGGGAGAAUGGUGUAACAGCUACCAGCAGAAAUCCCAGCCUGAACCAAACAUUGCUAAAGCUGAUCAUGUGGCUUCUGGUGACAGGAAAAUAAUAAUAAUGACUUUGGGAUGCUUAAGCUUCCAGGCAGCUCUUUUGGCUAUGAUCCGAACGUUUUCCUGAAAAUGUACCCUAGAGGGGACCACAAUCCCACUCCGUCCCUGGGUCAGAAAACAAGAUUCUACCCAGAUAAGUUAAAGAGAGAGAAAAUUACAUGCCACCUGCCAUUGAAAAAAUAUUUUAGAGUUCAUCCUCUACCAGGUGGCUCUGAGAAUAAAAAUGUACCUUCCAAAAUCAAGAGGAAAUGCAGUAUGAGAUGAGAAGGUCUAUUACCAUUUCUUAGAUAUUAAUAGAAUUAAAUAUGAGCAAAAUUGGGAAAGCAAUAUAUUACUCCUAUAAAUGUUUGCUUUUUUUUGAUUGGGUGCUUGUUCAACCAGAGGAGGAAGAGCUCGUUUCUUUAAGGGUCAGUUCUGAAGUUAACUGGUUUUCUUUCCCACAGCUUACCUUCACGAUACACACAAAUACUUUCACAUUAUUUUGUUUCACUGGGAAAUGACAGGUGCUCAUUUACAUGCUAUUCGGUCCCACAGUUUCCCGGGAACCGUUUUCUCUUCAUUUCCCCCAUUCUGCAAAGAGCUUUAUAAUCAACAAGGUACUUACUCCAGGACAGACUUACUGUAGUCAGUAGGCCUCCCCCUGCGUAAGAAAUAUGAGGUUUGCUGUUUUCUCUAGUCUAGUGUAUCUCUGCACCCUUUCACAUCCAUGCCAAGCACACAGAAACUGUGGAAUUGUGAAAUCCGAUCAGUUGCCCAACAUACAUUCAGCUUACCUUUGAGAAGUAUGGUCAGAUCAUGUUGCAGGAAGAGGCUAAUUGGUUACCUCACUGGUGUGUGUGACUGUAAAAGGAGUAAGGUCAGGCAAUUAGAUUAUGUUAUGAGUCACAAUUUCUGCGCUGGCUUCAGCAUUUUUAGAAUGUGCCAUCAUCCAUUUCGGCAUCUGUGAGUUGAACAUGGUAGGACCAGAGUUCCCAAACUGGUUAGCUGUGUAUCUGUGAAAAUAGAGUGGAAAACCAUCAACAUCUAACAUGGGGGGUGAGGGUGGGGGGCGAGUUUGGGAACCAAUGUCACAGUAUAUAGAAGUGUUUCCCAAACUUCGGUCUCCCAACUGUUUUUGGACCUCAGCACCCAUCAUCCCUAGCUAGCAGUACCAGUGGUCAGGGGUGGUGGUGGUGGUGGUGAUGAUGAUAAUGAUAAUAAUAAUUUAUUAUCUAUAUCCUGCCCAUCUGGCUGGGUUUCCCCAGCCACUCUAGGCGGGUUCCAACAAAAUAUUAAAAUACAAUGGUCUGUUAAACAUUAAAAGCUUCGCUAAACAGGGCUGCCUUCAGAUGUCUUCUAAAAGUCUGGUAGAUGUUUUUCGCUUUGACAUCUGGUGGGAGGGUGUUCCACAGGGCGGGUGCCACUACCGAGAAGGCCCUCUGCCUGGUUCCCUGUAACUUGGCUUCUCGCAGCGAGGGAACCACCAGAAGGCCCUCGGCACUGGACCUCAGUGUCUGGGCAGAACAAUGGGGGUGGAGACACUCCUUCAGGUAUACUGGACCGAGGCCGUUUAGGGCUUUAAAAGUCAACACCAACACUUUGAACUGUGCUCGGAAACGUACUGGGAGCCCAUGUAGAUCUUUCAAAACCGGUGUUAUGUGGUCUCGGCGGACGCUCCCAGUCACCAGUCUAGCUGCCGCAUUCUGGAUUAAUUGUAGUUUCCAGAUCACCUUCAAAGGUAGCCCCACGUAGAGCGCAUUGCAGUUGUCCAAGCGAGAGAGAAUUAGAGCGUGCACCACUCUGGCGAGACAGUCCAUGGGCAGAUAGGGUCUCAGCCUGCAUACCAGAUGGAGCUGGUAAACAACUGCCCUGUGCCUCCAUGGACAGCUGUGAGUCCAAAAUGACUCCCAGGCUGCGCACCUGGUCCUUCAGGGGCACAGUUACCGCAUUCUGGACCAGGGAGUCCUCCACACCUGCCUGCCUCCUGUCCCCCCCAAAACAGUACUUCUGUCUUGUCAGGAUUCAACCUCAAUCUGUUAGCCACCAUCCAUCCUCCAACCGCCUCCAGACACUCACACAGGACCUUCACCACCUUCACUGGUUCUAAUUUGAAAGAGGUAGAGCUGGGUAUCAUCCGCAUACUGAUGAACACCCAGCCCAACCCCCCUGAUGAUCUCUCCCAGCUGCUGCAUGUAGAUGUUGAAAAGCAUGGGGGAGAGGACAGAACUCUGAGGCACCCCACAAGUGAGAGCCCAGGGGUUUGAACACUCAUCCCCCACCACCACUUUCUGAACACGGCCCAGGAGGAAGGAGCGGAACCACUGUAUAACAGUGCCCCCAGCUCCCAUCCCCUCUAUGCGGUCCAGAAGGAUGUUAGGGUUGUUCGUAUCAAAAGCCGCUGAGAGACCCAGUAGAACUAGGAAACAGCUCUCACCUUUGUCCCUAGCCCGCCGGAGAUCACCGACCAGUGCGACCAAGGCAGUUUCAGUCCCAUGAUGAGGCCUGAAUUGAAGGGAUCCAAAUGGUCCGCUUCUUCCAGGCGUGCCUGGAGUUGUUCAGCAACCACUCGCUCAGUCACCUUGCUGGGAACUGUAGGUCAAAAACAGUUGGAGACCCAAGUUUGGGAAACACUGGUUAUAUAUAAUCGAAUCCGCUCGACGGUGGUGAGCUCCCGUUGCUCUGUCCCAGCUUCUGUCCACCUAGCAGUUCGAAAGCACUCCAGCGUAAGUAGAUAAAUAGGUACUGUUGCAGCGGGAAGUAAAUGGCGUUUCCAUGCUGUGAGGGGCAAGGGGUAUCGCGAAGCCCCUCCCCUCCUGAGUUCCAGCCCAGCCCAGAGCACGACUGAGAGCAGGGAGAGCUCCAGCUCCAGUGGGGAAACAGGAAGUGGGAUCCAAGGCUCUGGCAGGGUAGAAGAGCCAGCGUCCCAGGUGGGACAGGAAGGAGGAAAGAGGGGGGGCAGACCCAUCCCCCCAACUCCGGAACUUCGCAGAAAGCGUCGGGGGAAGAGGAUGGGGCUCCCCAAGUUGUUAUGCUGGCGCAAGACGCGCCAAAAGCCAUUCGGAGGUUCUGAUGAAAGCUGAAAAGACGUGUCUCUGUAAAUAGCUCUACCUUUAGCACUGUAAAUACGCAGCACCAAUAAAAAGAUAAAAUGCAGAGCGGUGGAGAGUCGUUACUCUGAAGUAGUCCCAUCCGACCACUGUGACACAUGCGCUCUGGCACUCAUCGUGGUGUCCCGUUGCGCCAGAAGCAGUUUAGUCAUGCUGCCCACAUGACUCGGAAAAACUAUCUGCAGACAAAUGCUGGCUCCCUCAGCCUGAAGUGAGAUGAGCACCGCAUCCCAUAGUUGCCUUUGACUGGACUUAACCAUCCAGGGGCCCUUUACCUUUACAUUAUAUGAUCAGUGUAUUUAAAGUGUGCCUUUAAAUGCUUGUUUUACCAUUGGGUAGGCACCCACUAUUUUAUCACACCUUUUCCUUAUGUGCAAGUAGAGUAGCUGAAGGUAACUCUGCAUUAUCUACCGUAUCAACUAACAAUUACUGUCAUUCUCGGUGCUCAACUAAAUAAGAUGCAGGUUGCAAUGAAUUCCUUGUUUGUUAUCUUGAACAAUCAAGCAUGAGAACCAGUCGGGUCCACUGGGCAUAGCAUGACCUGGGCCCACAUUCCUAUCCCUUCCCAUUCUUCUCUUCUGCCAGUGGUAAAGGUAAAGGGACCCCUGACCAUUAGGUCCAGUCGUGACCGACUCGGGUUGCGCGCUCAUCUCGCAUUAUUGGCCGAGGAAGCCGGUGUAUAGCUUCCUGGUCAUGUGGCCAGCAUGACAAAGCCGCUUCUGGCGAACCAGAGCAGCACAUGGAAACGCCGUUUACCUUCCCGCUGUAGCGGUUCCUAUUUAUCUACUUGCAUUUUGACGUGCUUUCGAACUGCUAGGUUGGCAGGACCUGGGACCAAGCAACGGGAGCUCACCCUGUCACAGGGAUUCGAACCGCCGACCUUCUGAUCAGCAAGCCCUAGGCUCAGUGGUUUAACCACAGCGCCACCUGGGUCCCUCUCUGCCAGUGAUAGCCUUGCACAAAUCUCUCUGCCACAGUUUACCAGUGCCUGGUGGUAUUAUUAUUAUUAUUUUAAGUGAUAAAUCUCCAGCUAGUUUGGAAGUCACACUUGGAUUGUGAGGGCAUUCUUCCGCACAAGAACACGUGGGGAAAACUUUUCAGCCCAAGGGUUACAUUUGAUCAUUUGCUCUCAUGCUCCUGGACAUCCCUGAGUUCUGCAGAUAUCUUUGCUAAUGCUCUAAUAUCCUCCCUUUGCUCUUACCCAAACUGCAUAACCCAGAGUAUCUUUCUAAAGAAGAUGGGAGCUAUGGUUCAGCAACAUCCAGAUGGCCUGCCAGAUGUGACCCCUACCCUGGGGCCACCAGCACAAGAUGGAGAACUUGGCACUGAAGUGAUGCCAGGGUUGUGCACUACAGCCAAGAGAACUGAAACCCUGAUGUGGCCGUCAAUCUCUCAUGUCUUUUAAAUGCCCAGCAAGAGCUGUUUUUCAGCACUUAGGGCAUGGGUAGGCAAACUAAGGCCCGGGGGCCAGAUCCGGCCCAAUCACCUUCUAAAUCCGGCCUGCGGACGGUCCGGGAAUCAGCAUGUUUUUUACAUGAGUCGAAUGUGACCUUUUAUUUAAAAUGCAUCUCUGGGGUAUUUGUGAGGAAUAGGAAUUUGUUCAUUUUUAUUUUUAUUUUCAAAAUAUAGUCCGGCCCACCACAUGGUCUGAGGGACAGUGCCCAUGGCUGAAAAAGGUUGCUGACCCCUGGUUUAGGGUUAAGCUAAUCAUGGGUGCUUAUAUAUUAAUAUUAUUUUAUAGAUGGCACUACUGAUGAAUUUUCUGCAUUUCAGAUUUGGAUUCUGGUUAAAAGAAUUUCUACCUGCCUCAAGCCCUCUUUGAAGUACUAGCAACCUCCAUUAAAAAUAUUAUUUAACACAAAGAAAACCCGUACUUUAAUUGCUGAGAAUGCAGUUGAAAUUUCCAGUAGUUAUGAAUUGUGGUGUGUGUGUGUGUUGUUGUUGUUGUUUAAUAUAACAGUAGCCUUUGAGCGUGCACACUGUGCUCACUUUUUCUUCAAGGUGCCUUCGCAAUACUAAUCCUCACAUGCUUGAGAUUUUGUGCUGGCUAAGUUGACAGUCAUCACCAAUCCCAACAGGAUGCAUCUUCCAAAAGCUUGCUUGAAGAAAAGGCAGCAUUCUAUGUACAGAAUUGCAUCUGAAGUGAAGACUGUACUGGUGGCUGUGAGCUUAUCUAAAAAGCACCAUUAUUUUCACCCUCUCUUUGGAGAUAACUUGUAUUCUGUGGCUUAGUCACUAGGUGGUGCUCGCCUUCGUUGUUUUUUUAGACUGCUCUGCUUUCUUCUGUAUUAAGUACGCUCAAAUUGGACGUUUUCAUCAGAAUGGUUAAGAAGAUAAGGAGCAACUUGAAAACGCAAUACUGAAGGGAUGAACAAAAUCCAACAAGGCACUCGUUAUCAUAAAUACGUCGUUUUUAAAAUUAUUAAUGGGAAAAGAAAUUCCAGAAUUUGUACAAAAAUGAAGGGGUGAAACCAAAAAGCUAAAUUAACAUGUAAAUCUAUUUGGGAAACUUUUAUAACUGAAGGAGUGUCUCCACCCCCAUCGUUCAGCCUGGACACUUGAGAUCCAGCAUUGAGGGCCUUCUGGCGGUUCCCUCUCUGGGAUAAGUGAGGUUGCAGGGAACCAGGCAGAGGGCCUUCUCAGUAGUGGCACCCUCCCUGUGGAACGCCCUCCCAUCAGAUGUCAAGGACUUUUAGAAGACAUCUGAAGGCAGCCCUGUAUAGGGAAGCUUUUUAAGGUUUAAUGUUUUACUAUGUUUUUAUACAUGCUGGAAGCAACCCAGAGUAGUUGGGGCAACCCAGUCAGAUGGUUGGGGUACAAAUAAUAAAUAGAGGCGCAUCGUAUUAUCCUCAGUAAUUAGGGACAAUUGCUCUAAAUUACUCCCAACAACAUUCAACAUCUUGUAGUCAAAGGGCAAGUGAUAAAAAAGUGAUAUUUCAAGUACCACCCAUCUCCCACGAUGCAUGAUAAAGAAAGAUAUUACAGUACACGUGUUUUAAAACCCUCCCACUUUUUAUUGAAAUCCACCGUGUGGCAUGUAACAUGGAAUGGAGCUAUAAGCAAGGGUUAUACAGCUCUAUUCCAUAUGGGCAGCAAAUGGUGUUUCUGAAGAGCAGGACAGUGAUGCUUCACACACAAAAGGGGCUUCAGUGUGGAUUGCACCCUAGAGCUUCCUCAAAGAAUAAAACAACAACAAGAAAAAUAUUUAUAUGCUGCUCAUCUGACUGGGUUGCCGCAGCCACUCUGGGUAACUCACAACGAAAUAUUUAAAAACAUUAAAACAUCAAACAUCAAAAACUUCCCUGUAAAGAAUAUGAAAACAGUACUUUUUUCUGUAUCAGCCUUGUUUUGUUAAUUUAAAUGCAGAACACACUGGCUAAGAGAAAUCGUUUUUUUAAAAACAAGUCUGCAAUCUACCAGGAAUGUGGAAGGAAUCCACCAAAUUUAGAUUAUUCUAAAGCAGACUCACCUGAUUCAGUCCGGGGUGGGAAGGUGGGGUGGGGUUCAUAGCCUAGUCCAGAUCAUGGGUCACAAUUCGCAUUCCUGCAGAUUCCUUUACAUGGCAGUCAGAGGGCUGCCUCUGUUCCUCUUCAAGGGAUUUCUGUCCUUAAAAAUUAAGCAAUCCAGCUUGGGGCUCCUUGCCCAUUUGAAUGCAAUAGAGCAAGUCUCUUUGGGAAUGAUGACUGCUCUAAAGGGGGAAUUGUAUGGGAAUAGCAUGGCUUCCCUGUGCAUUAGCCACUCCUGUCUUUGUGUAACCGGGUUUUCCAUUUUGGAAAGGAUUGAAAUCACUUUUAGAGGAAUAGAGGCAGCCCUGAAGCUAUAAGUACUUCAUAUAUCUCAGUGUUCCCGUGUGGAUUUUGAAGGAUUUCACUUAAAAAACACACACACACAUGGAGAUGAGACAAGGCAGACUUAGUCCCAUCUCCAUGCAGAACUGGGAUGGUCUGAACUUCAACGGUUCUGUUCAACCCUACAAUCAGCACAUGUAUAUAACAGGACACCUGUAUACAACAGUGAUUUCCAAAGCACACAGGACAUCUGUGCACACUUCCAGCGAGGCAACUGUACACCCUUUGUAAGGAUUUGCGCUUUGAGGCCCCCCAAGCCCACUCCCGAUAAAUAAAGACACAAGGACACAGAGAUGAAAGUUAAUGUUGGUGGGCGAAAUUUAGCCCAAAACUUUAUUGAUUAGGGAAUGUGUGCGGUAUUGGCUUAGGCACUGGCAAGCGACACUAUAACUGACUUCCUGCCUGCUUUGCUGGAAGUCUGGCAAGGGUAAACUGAAGAGGUAGUCCGGCCACCGUGAACCAACUCAAGCAUCUCGGGGUUCCCUGGGUCGUGGUAUGGCCCUAGCCCCUCUGUGGGCUUCGGACAGGACCCAGACCCCUGGAUUCUUUUAGCGGAACACCCUAAAGCAUGGAGGGGCAGGUGAUGGCCGUACCUCCCCUCCCCCACACACCGCUAUGCCAAUGCCUAACCACCACCUUACAAAGUUGUGAUGAUUGCUGAGAGGUAGGCAGAAUCCAAGUGGCCAAGCCAAUCUGCCAAAUGGAAAAAUUCCUACCUGGCCCCCAUUUCAAAACAGGCGACCGAACGAAGUCCACUGCAAGGCCAAUGGGUCAGCCUAAAGGAAAGGAGGGAGGGUGGGAGAAUCGUGACACGAGGCAAAAGGGGCCGAGCUAGCCUGCCGGAGUUUAAAUCGUCCCAGUCAUGCCCCCCGAGAGCCUCCAGAUUGGUGGCUCUGGCGGUGGCGCGGCUGGGAUGUUCCCGCAGUGUGAUGUGGGACGCAAUCCCGCCCCCGCUGAGGGGAGGGUGUGCGCUCAGGGUGCCAGGGUACAAGGCAUUCCCGCUGGAAGUGGAAAUGAUUUCCAGGAGAAGUCAGUGUUAAAUGUUAAUAACAAGCUAGCCUCAGGGAACUGAAAGAAUCUGUAUAAUUUGCUCUGACAUUUUUACAAGUGCCUACAUAAUAUGCAGGAGUUGCGUGCUUGUCUGAUGCAGGCAGGUAUUUAGGGAAGGCAAUAGUUUAAUAUAAAGGAAUCAGAAAUGAAUGUCACUUGUGUUUUCAUAAUGGCAAACAUACAUACAAAAUUAACUGGCUUAGAGAAAGGUUGGCUUUCCCCCACCCACCUGCCUCAUCCCGCUUAAAGCUGACCAUGAGCCACUUCGAAACAUCAGAGAAUUAUUAUUUUUUUGACAUUGCCAAGCAAAAUCCUAAUGGUUUUUGAGAGAUGGGAAGAAAACGAGUUACCUAUAAAUAUGCUUCAGUGUGUCCAUACAAGCCUGCAUAACGUUGCAUCAUGAACCCAUGUCCUGAUGCAGAAAUAUUGUCUGCAGAAAACAAAUAUUUUGGGGUGGAGCUCAAGGACCCAUUCUGCCAAGAAAGCAUUAAAAUCCCAAGACAGCUCCUGAAACUGCAGAAACCUUAUUUAUCCAUUACAGGCAAAUAAGUGGGACAGCUAGGAUUGCAAGGGCACUACCAGUUUAAAGUUAGACACUGUGGUGUGGGUUUGGAUUGCAACACUUUUGUUCCAUGCCAUGGUGGUGGGAUGCAUUUCAUGAUAUCGUUUAUUGAUUUGCAAUGAAACACAUUUGCCAUUUAAAAGAUCUUGGGUCUCCAAGGAGGGCUGCUUAUUUUCCAGUGUAGCAGUUUGGCAAUUUGAGCAAUGAGGCUCACAUUUCUUUUUCUUUCCAGAUGGAGCAAGCUGUAUUUCAGUUUCCUCUUGUUUCUGUAGCAAGGGCCAUGAUAUUUCUUCUCUACUACAUGUCUCUGUGCUCAUGUGCAUAUCUUCAGGGAGUUCUACUGAGCUACUGACAUCCUAAUUUUUAAAACACUUGAAGCAUGGUGAGAUUUUCUUUUUAGAGGAUCUCUAGAGCUUUUCCAUUACACUGCUCAUAGAUCCACCCUGAUGCCCUUUAAAAAAGAGGGGGGGGAGUUUAUUUCCCUUAGGAAUGCUACAUGUCGUUAUUACAUUACUUUCCAUAGUUAGGGCGACUCUUCUAGAAACCUAUCCUGUUUUCAGGGAUAGCAUCAAUCUUGUCUCCCCUCCCCCACAGCGCAUCAAUUUAGAGUAGAAUGUACAAAACAUCUUAGUUUUGACAAAAAAAAUAUAUCCUGAAGAUUACUAGGAUCCAGGAAUGGGAUCCUGGAAUGAGAGGAUAAGAGAGGAAGGAAGAUAUUUAAAAGAAAGAAGUAGUAAUGAACGUUAUGGCUAUAGAACAUAGUGGACCCUUUGGAUACAAACUUAAUUUGUUCCGGGGGUCCGUUUGCACCCCCCAAAAUUAUGUAAAUGGAGCCACGCUUCUGUGCACGCAUGCAGCACGAUUGAGCGCUUCACGCAUGGCGGAACCUGGAAGUGUACACUUCCGGGUUUGCCGUGGCCGUAACCUGAAGUUUCUGUAUCCAGAGGGAUACGUAAGUAGAGGUACGACUGUACUUCUCCCAUAGGCUUAGAAACACUACCUUGUUUGCCACAGCAUAUAUGAACAGAUUUUUAGUAGAUCUACCAUCCAAUCCUAACAAAGGCUGCAGUCCUAUGGACAGUUAACUGGAAGUAAGUUGCCAGGAACAACAGGCACCAUGAGCAUAUUAUUUUCCUAUGAAACCUAGGAAGCCAGGUGCCCUGGGAAAAUUACAUUUCCCUUGGCUCCCGAUGCUGGGGAUGCUAUUGCAGAUAUUUCAUAGCUUGUUCAUGACAUGCAGGGAACCAUGAACCCUAUAUAUUUGAUGGGACAAUUGGCAUGUGAACAUGCCCUUUCCCACAAGCAGCAUGGUAUGUAUGCAUUUCACUCAUAUUUCUGAGAAGAACUGCAGGGCAUAUACGGUACAUAUAUUUCAGUUACAUUAUAUAUGUAUAUGAAGCUGCAGAUAACAUUUGCAUGAUGUACUAGCCACCAAAACUAUCCAAUAAAUUCACAAACACGAUAGAUAUUAAGAACUUUCUGACAUUCAUUCCCAUUAUAGUUAUUUGCCGUAACUGUUCCUAACAACAGUUAUUCCCUUCGACACACAAUAGAUUACUGUGUCAAAAUAUCUUUUCGGUGAGCUGAAGAUGAACUUAUAUUUUUGACAAAUAAUUUGCCUGGAGUUAUCCUCCUGGAGUCUCGGCACUUGAGUACAUUCCUUCAUUAUCCUCAUUGAUUGCUGAUUUCCCAUGCACAGCUCUGGUUUCUCUCUCUCCAGUCUGCUUGAGUUGAAUGGUACUUGACAGUGUUGCACAUUAUUUGUAUUUAACUUCAGGCAGGCAUUGCUGCCUUGGAGACACUUAUGGUUUAUUCAAGGUUGAGAUGAUUUAAGAGAAGUACCCUCUUGCCACAGACAGUCCUGCUAAAAGUUGUUUAGAAAUCUCACACAUUGUGCAGCAAUUCUCAGACAUUCUUCAUCAGAUCACUGUUGUGGCAGUGAGCUUAGUGGAUUGGUUGCGCGGCAUUGAUUUUGGGAUGUAUGUGUGUUGGGACAAUUCAUAGCUACAGAAGACUCUCUCAAAGAUCAGAAACGUUUGGUUUUUGCAUGGGUGGAAUAUAGCCUACUGUACUAAGGUAAGACUCAUCUCGCAGGGUUGCCUUACUCCAUAUGUGCCCACUUUGACCUUCAGAACUGGCACAGUUUUUGGUGCCACAUUAUACUCAUUCCACAGUUGUAAGGAAUCAAUUUUUCACUUUGGCAGCACCAGCACUUUGGAAACUCCCUGCCUACUGACACCACGUGGACACCUCCAUUGUAAUUUGUAAAACUAUUUUGUUUUAGCAAGUCUGUCCAGACGCGUGGUUGUUGAUGUGCUUCAAUAUUAAUUAAGAGACUAAUGUAAACGUUUAAACAUUUUUAUUUGUUUUUGCUUUUUAAUAUUUAUUGUAAAGCGCUUGGAGGUUUUACUACAAUCAGGUGCUACAUUAAAAAAGAAAUACAUAAAACAAAACUUGUUUCUCAACCAUCUUUUAGCUCUGGCAUGGCCACAGGGAUCUGAAAGGUUGCCCACAAGGGAGUGUAUCCCUUGGCCUGAUAAAGAUCCCCAUAUGAACAUUCAAAAUGUCUACAUAGGAAAGGAGGGGGCAGAGUAGGAGAGGGACCCUAACAAUUGAGACUCUCUCCUUUUACAGGUGGCUGGAACAACACCCAGCUGCUCCUUAAAUGAUCUACUAACUAUCCUGGGAUAUUGUUGUUGUUUAGUCGUUUAGUCGUGUCCGACUCUUCGUGACCCCAUGGACCAUAGCACGCCAGGCGCUCCUGUCUUGCACUGCCUCCCGUAGUUUGGUCAAACUCAUGUUCGUAGCUUCGAGAACACUGUCCAACCAUCUUGUCCUCUGUCGUCCCCUUCUCCUAGUGCCCUCAAUCUUUCCCAACA